AUGAGUUACACCGACCACUUCUCCAUCGCCAACAUUCCCUACGGGAUCGCAAGCGAUGCAUCACAUGCCGACAAGGCAGUCGUUACCAGGCUUGAGGACCUUGUAUUCUUUCUCGCCGAACUCGACUUGGAAGGUAGUGAAAGCGUCAAGUCCGCGUUGUCCCAGCCCAAUCUCAAUGCUCUGGCUGCGACGAGUAAGGACGAACUCAAGCAGUUACGAGCGAGUAUCCAAAUCGUCCUGAAAGACCAGUUUGUCGUAACGAAGCAUGGCAAGAAGGUCGAAGACGUCACGCUUCACAUGCCUGUCGCUGUCGGUGGAUUUACGGAUUACUCUUGUUCCAAAGAGCAUAAUGAGAAUGCGUCCCAGGCGAUGUUUGGGAAAUCAGUCAUCCCGCCGGCUUUUCCACACUACCCGAUGGGAUACUCGGGACGACCAUCGUCGAUUGUGAUUUCCGGAACGCCGAUCCGCAGACCUUGUGGUAUGUACAAAGCCGGCGACAGCGUGGAAUACGGCGCGUGUAAGGCCUUGGACUAUGAGCUCGAGAUGGCCUGUGUUAUCGGAAAGCCGAGCAAGAUGGGAGACCACGUUCCCCUGAAGGAGGCCGACGAGCACAUAUUCGGGCUGAUCCUCCUCAAUGACUGGAGUGCGCGUGGUAUCCAAGGGUUCGAAAUGACACCACUAGGGCCAAUGAACGGCAAGAGCUUCGGGACUUCGAUAUCGCCAUGGGUAGUGACGCUGGAAGCGCUGGAGCCGUUCGAGGUCACGCCGCCGCCCAGGGACAUCCGCGUCCCGGCUUUCCUGGAGGAAGUCAAGCAGAAGCCGAGCUACAGCAUCACCCUGGAGUCGGAGCUGCUGAGCGAAGGCAAGGCGACUAAGCUGUGCAAGUCGGACGUGUCUUGGAUGUACUGGACGUUCCGUGACCUCGUGGCUCAGCAGACGGUCAAUGGUUGCAACAUCAACACGAGCGACGUGCUCGCGACCGGCACUGUGUCCGGCAAAGGGGAUGAUGAGCAUGGGUGUCUGCUGGAGGCGACCAAGGGCGGCAAGGUGGACUUCACUUUGGUGGACGGGCAGAAGCGGACGUACCUCCAGGAUGGCGAUGGCUUGCGGAUGACUGGGUAUGCGGGCAAUGGGGUCGGGUUUGGUGACUGCACUGGCUUCAUCACCCUGGCACGUGCUUUGUAG